CUACUAAUUCAAACUAGUAGUAGUUUUUCCCUUGGUUAGAACGGUGCUAACUAUUGUACAAUUAGCACCGUAGCCGUUCACUCUUAAUCCAAGUUCACGACAUAGAUUUUUGGAUUUAACAAUGUUUUGUUGUGGAAUGAUGUGCGGAACACCAUCUCCUCAAUCACUUGGGAAUUAAAUUUUCAUUAAUUAUGUCGUCUUGCACAUAACAACAAUUAAAGUUUGUUCUUUUUCUUUUCAAACGACACACCACCAUCAUAUCAUAUGAUCGUUAAUCCAACACCUUGAAUCUUUUGAUUAGGUCUUCCAACAUAUAUGUCAACUCUUUUGCAGCUGUUCCUUUUCUGCGUCGUAAUCACGAUUUUGUACACACUACACACACUUUUAUUUAUAAUAAAUGAGAAAUGAAUACAUCAUUUUCAGAAGAAUUGAGCCGAGUGAAUAAAUCAAAGAAACUCGAGCAAAAUCACUUGUCUAACAUGAACCACAAAAGUGAAAGGAAGCUUGCCGUCCGAUGAUGGAAACAUUUGGCCAGUUUAUGGAUAGGGCUUAGUAACCCAGAUUUUAUUAAUAUAUGGGUGGCUAUACGGUCCGGUUAAAUUGGUCCGAAUUGAUUUGGUUCCGGUCCGGUCUUUUCAAGAAUAUAAGGACCAAAAAUUGGAUUGGAUACAGUUCGGUUUUGAACCGGUCCGGUCCCAAUUCGGUAUUGAUUUUAGAUUGAGCUUGUGUGAAUUCGAGUGGCCUGAGAGGGGAUUUGAGUGACCUAAGGUCUGAAAGGGUGAGAAGGUUAAAUUUUGGGUGUUGUGCUCUUUUAUCCGGUCUUUAUUCGAUUUUCGAUCCGAUCCCAAACGAUUUUUUACCUAAAAUCUAGGCCGGAAAAUUAGAUUGAAUUGUUUUCUAUUUGAUCCCGAUCCGAUUUCGACAAAAACCAAAAAGGCCGGACCAAAUAGACAUCACUACAAAGACAUAUUUAUAAUUUAUACUAGCCAUUGCAGUCCAAUAAAACGGAGCAUGGGUGCAGAGUAGUGAUAUGCAUUAACCCUACAUACAGUGGCUGAACUAGGAAUUAAAACUAGGUAUGUGAUCUUUUCAAAAUAUAAUUAUAAAAAUAAAUAUUUAAUUAUUACAAUUAAAAUCGAGAGAGACAAGUCGACUGGGAAAGGCAGAGUCAUGUCAUCCUGUGACAAAAUCGAAUGGGUAACUGAGAAAAAAGAACUCAAGUAAAGAUUUAUUUUCAUUGGAGAUUUCGUUUAUAGUGUAUAUUAAUUAUUUAAUUUAUGUCAAUCAAAUAACAAGAAGUGAGAUUUUGUGUGGUGGUAAACAUACACUUAAUUAUACUAUCUUAAUUAUACACAUAGAUGUAUUAUUUAUUUAUCAAAACUUACAUGUUGUCAUGUCAUAUGUCAUAUGAUAGUCACAAAGCCAAGCCUCCGCAAAUGCUAUUGUUCUCUUGUUUUUUAAAAGUAUGCACAAACUUUUACCUUCGGUCAUUCCUCCUUAUCAAUUUGAACAAUCACCAUCAAAAUUGAGUUUUUGGAAGAUUAUUUAUUUAUUUUUAAUUAAUGAAUACUUUAAUAUGUGAAAAGAAGUGUUUUUUUAGAAAGGCAAUUUUUUUAAAAGGACGUGUCCUUUCAGGAAGAGUAACGUCCUUUUUUUGGUGAAAGGAUGUGCCCAUAUAGAAUAGGGAUGACAACAAAACCCAAACUCACGGGGUACCCACUCGACCCAAUCCGGUCAACGCGGGUAAAACCCGUGUUGACGGGAUUUGGGUUGGGUUUGGGUUUAAACACAUUCACUAUUCACCAGGUUGGGUUUGGGUAAAUCCGCCCCAUGGGUACCCAUCCACACCCAUAUAAUUAAUUUUCUCGGUAUAUUUAAUAUUCUAAACAACUAAUCUUAUUUAUGUUUUUUUUUGUAGAAAUCUUAUUUAUGUUUGUGGAGACAUGUCUAAUUUUUUCUUUCUAAUUGUGUAGAAUGAAGUUGAUGUUAUUGAGUGGAGAGUGAAAAAACUUAAUUGACAAGGAUAAAGAAGCUUUCAAUUAAUCAUGUUAUGUAUGGAUAAUUUAUGAAUAAAUUUGCUUCAAUUAUCUUGUGUUUUCUAGAUUGGUGUUGAACAAUUUGUAUAGUUAAUUUGGGAUUUGCUUGAAGUUUGUAGAAUGGUGUUUUAUAUAUGGAUAAUUUGUAUUGAGAGAUUGAUAUUUGACUUUAAUUUUGAUAAGAACUUGUUAUUGUAAUUUUUUUACGACAAAAACCCGUGAGUACCCAUGAACCCGCGGAUACUCAACGGGUUGGAUCGGAUUUUAGUUUUUCAAACCCAGUGGGUUUUACCCCGAGUUUUUUUCACGAAUAAACCCCAUGAGUUUGGGUUUGGCAAACCCCGAUCCAACCCGAUCCAUUUCCAUCCCUAAUACAGAAGGUAACUUUCAUUUUCCCCAAGUAUAAAUAAAUUGUUGUCACAACUCAUUUUUAUAAGAGAGAGUUCUUCUUAUUCCCAUUUUCCUCCUCUAUUUCAUAUACACGUAAAUCUAUAAGUCACUACUUCAGAUUUUUCUUGAAGGGACUUCUGGAGGUGAUUUUUCCUAAGCAUGAGUGCGUUCAAAAGCAAGAGUUGAAGACUGAGAAUAAGGGAAGUAGGGAGAAGACAGAUGUGUUAACUCAAAAUGUUGUGAGAGUGAACUUAAAAUUCUAUAAGGUCCAUAGGAAUGAUAUGGAAAAAAAAGACAUUUCAAAAUAUCUUGGAGCAAAUGUUUGAAAUCUACAAUUGAUAAACUUCAAAAGGUGUCAUGCUUAUAAUCUCUCAUUUUUCCUUUCCAAGCUUAUUAUGUACCAGAACAGUUCAUUGGGUAUGAUUGUGGGACAAUUCAAAAUUCCAUCCAAAUGAGAAACUUAGACUCAAAUAUUUAGGGUUAAUUGCAUGGUUGGUCACUGAUAUUACAAAAAAACGUUCAUGUUUGGUCACUACAAAUAUUUAAUUCCAUUCGUGAUCAUUAAGUUUACUAAAACAUGUCAUGUUUAGUCACUCUCCGUUAGCCUCCGUUAACGACGUCAAUUUUUUGCUGACUUGGCUAACAGAAAUGUCCAGUCACACAAUUUUAACCCAGAAAACUUAAAACAUAACCCGCCACGUCAUAAAUCCAACUCAACCCAUGACCCAACUGAUAGACCGUUAGUUACACAUGUUUUCACCCCUGUUCUUACACCGUUUGAGAGGUGGUUUCUCGUGUUUUAGACCGAUUUCACGCUAGGUUGUGCUUGUUUGUGAUAUUUCAGGUCCUGGCAAGUGAAUGAAGGUUUAGGAGCGAGUUCGGGGUCGAUUGGGUGAAGAUCGGGCGCGAGACAAGUCACAAGGGAGUCACACGGGCUGCCCUGAAACUCGCACGGCCAUGUGAAGUAAUGGCCUGGCCGUGCGAGUUUUGCCGAGAGCACACACGGGCAAAGCAGAGGAUCGACACGGCCGUGCGAGUGGCCGGGUUGGCCGUGCCACAUUCUGCGAGAGCAAACACGGGCAAGAGGGGAUGUCCACACGGCCGUGCCAUUCUGGCCGUGCAAAGAGCCUGGAAUUCGAACUAAAUGAAACGAUGCGUUUUGACUCACACGGGCAACUGGGUGAGCUGCACGGCCGUGCCACCCUGGCCGUGUGAGUCGGGAUUUUCUCCUUUUAAGCAGAAUUUCAGCCACAAUUCGGGGGGAUUCGGGUUUUUGAGAAAGAGAGCGAUUUCUAGAGAGAGAAAGCGACGAACAAGAGUCUCCAAGUGCCCUAGAUUGAUCUUCAACACCAUUGGAGGCCAGCUUGAGCUUGGAGAAGUGCCAAUCAACGUCCAGAAGCAGGAAUCCAUCCUUCGCAGUAUGAAUUCCGUGUCUGAUUCUGCUUUUGCUUUCUUCUCUAUGGAGUAGUUCUCCCAUUCAUCUGGGUAUGGAGAACCCUAGAUUUGUAUGUUAGGCUUUGAUUGUAUGAACCCAAGUACUGAUUCUGUGAUUGAUUAUAUUCGAUUGAGGUUUUAAUGAUUGAAUGACUUGAAUCCUGAUCAAAUUCCUGUUGUUUCUGCUUUAACAUAGAAUGAGAAUAUCUGCCUAGGUUAAUAGAGUAUCCUUGAUUGAAGGUAGGGAGUUGGUGACUUUAGUCGAGGAGCCAACUCACUAUUCUGUACCGGAUUUACCCCGGUAGUGGAGGUUUUGUUCUUAGGGCCUCAAUCUGUCUACUCCAGUGGAGGUUAGUCGCCCGCUAGAGAUUCAGAUUGAGAGGGCCUGAAGACCUUUAGUCGAGACUUCAGACUGUUUAAGAACCUUCCACAGUAUAACUAUCAUAGAAACUGAACUUGGUAAUUACAAUCCGGCUUAACUGCAGUCUAGGGGGAACCAUAUCCGGGUGACCUCUUUAACCUGAAUACAACCGUUUACUUGCUUUGUUAGUUUGUUAGUUAGACUUGCAUUCCAGUUUCAUUGCUAGAUAACAAGAAUUCACUGAGUAGUCAUCAGAUCUAGGACCCGGGUUGAUAAUUAAACCUAAACCCGCUAUACUACGCUUUAAGAAGUGGUUACACUUGGCCAAUUCCUGGAGUGACAGUAGAGUCGAGUCACCAACCUAACCCGACCGAACUAAAAAAGCAUUACAGUGAUAGAGCUGGGUUAUUGCAUGAAGGCUACCCGAACCAUCGCACAAGCUUCAUCUGAAAUACCCAGAACCACCGCCGUCUCUGCCGAAAUUGUCCGACUCGACGACGUCACCCAAACCGACAACGUCAUCCACGAAAUCGAGCCUCCUCAUCCCUUGGUCCGUCUAGGAAGACUCCAACCAGCGCACGAAUCUCGGAAUCCCAAACCAGAAAUUGAAACCACAACCCAGCACGAAUAAAAACCCCAAAACUCAAAAAUGGAAACCCUAAAAACAGAGAUCGGGAUGGGUUCGUCGAUUGCGUCAGAGACGAUGGAUGCUGGGGUUCCCCUAGGUUGAUUGCACUGCGAUCUGCUUGGAUUUGUCUGGGUCACCAUUGGAAGAAGAAGAAAAGUUUCUGGGUUCUCUUGGGUUAAUUGCAGGGACGAUCUGCUUGGGUAUGGUUGAGGAUACCGAGUAACGAUUAGCUCCAUGGAUUGACUCAAUCUGUUGAACUGGAGCUCGGCGGAAAGCAUGGUAUCGGCGGCGACGAUGAUUUGGUCGGUGUAUUGGAGGAGGACCGAGUCGGAAUCCCAGGAGCGGACCGCGAACGACUUGGCACCAUGGAGCUCCCGGGAGAUGAGAAGAUUCUCAGCGAUGGUCAGCCACCGCUCCGUCUCCACUCUAUAUGACCCGCCGCCUCUUCAGUUUUUUUGGGUUCAUAUUAGUUUUGCAGGUUUCCAAUUUCCCUCCUUUCCUUAUCUGUUUGUGAGCUUAGGGCUCGAGAGAGAGAGUGAAUGAGAAGAUGCACGUGGACCAUGGGUGAUUGAGAAGUCAGCCAUUUCCCUAAUUUGGAGAUGAAGAAAGAUGGGGAAGAUGAACAAUUUCGGGGGAGACGAAGAGGAAGAAGGUUCGGGUCGGCGGGGUCAAUUGGAGAAGAAGAGAUUGGGUAAUGGGUUGGUUUUCGUGAUGUGACAAAUUUUAAUGACGUGGCAGGUCAGAUUUUAUUUUUCUCGGGUUAAAAAUGGCUGAUUAGGCAUUUCUUUUAGUCACGUCAGCAAAAAAUUGACACCGUUAACGGAGGCUAACGAAGGGUGACCAAACGUAACAUGUUUUAGUAAAUUUAGUGACCACGAAUGGAAUUAAAUAUUUGCAGUGACCAAACAUGAACGUUUUUUGUAAUCUCAAUGACCAACCAUGCAAUUAACCCCAAAUAUUUAUAAGUAUUAAAAUCAUGGAAAAGUC